AUGGGGCUGCUGUGUUGUUUCGAUGGAGGCAACAACGCGCAGAGAAAAGAAGAAGACAGAAUAGCCUCCGCGGAAGCUCUUGCCAAAGCUGCCGAAGCCGCCCAGAGAAGGCAAGAAGAAUUCGAAAAGUCUGCAGCAGGAAGAGCUGCGCGUGCACAGCAACAGGCGGCUGCAAAGCAAGCUGCCAGCGCUAACAAAGGCGAACCAGUAUUAAAGUUCAUAUGUUUGACUAUUUGUUCGUGUUGUGGAUGCAGUGGUCGAUGGGUUGAGGCGGAGCUUUCGUCUCUCCAACAACUUCCAAUUUGUUUAUACAGAUACAACCAUGUUUGGACUGCCAAUUCCUCUUCUGCCCAGAACAAAUACUCUAGAUCUCCAAAGCAAACUUAG